AUGCAGAAGAUUGUCGGGAUCGGAUCGGUCAUAGAUGGCAAAUUCAGAAGGUUCCUGUUCUACGAUGGUAUUUUUGACCAGCUCAAAAGGAUGGUGAAACCAUCAAACUGCUGCCAGCCCUACACCUUCAUCAAGAGUGGGCCGUCCUCUCAAACAUGCGAGGGAAAGCUCAAGCGAAUGAAGCCCCUUUACGGUGAAGCAUUCGACAGGCUCAAGAAUAUCGCAAGUGCAGAUAGCAUUCGUUAG